AAAGAACAUUCCCCGGGAAUCCGGAAGCAGCCCUGGGAGAUUUUUUUUGCAAACAGGCUUUAUUUAUUUUUUUGCAUUUUCAUUGCUGUUUUUUCUUGAUUUCCUUUUUCACUCAGCCGCCAUGGCUGCACUGGUCAAGGCAGGGCUCUCCCUAGAAAGCAAUGCAAACAACAGCAGCAGCAGGGUCAGUUUCUUAGGGUCCCGGUUGCCCCCCGAAGUGGAAGCCAUGGCUAGAAGCCUACGAGAAGUGAGCAAAGAGACCUUCCGGAAGAUCCUCAAAGUCACAGUGAGUGCCUUGGAAGGGAAAGACUGCAAGGAGUCGGUCAGGACGAUUGCCGAGAGCACGGGCCUCUCCGACGAGCAGCUUGCCGUCCUCAUCUCCGGCAUGUAUACGCUCCUCCGUGAAGCAUUAAGGCUCCCCGCUUCCUCUCUCAAGCAAGAAGUCUUUCGAGAAGACUUAAAGGAGCUUAGAAUCCCAGAAGACUUCAUUGUGGACUUUGCCACGGUGGCCUUUGGGAACAGGCGACCGACUCUUGACGCUGCCCUGCAAAACCAAUCUAGCAAGCUGCCCAAAAUUGAAGACCUCAAAUGGAGAGUGGAUGUGGCCAUUUCUUCCAGUUCGUUGGCUCGUGCCUUGCAACCGUCCAUUCUGAUGCAGAUGAAGCUCUCCGAUGGAUCGGCCCAUCGCUUUGAAGUGCCGGUGUCAAAAUUUCAAGAAUUACGGUACAACGUUGCUCUGAUCCUGAAGGAGAUGAACGACUUGGAGAAAAGGAGCGUUCUCAAGAUUCAGGAUUGAUCGACAAAAGCAAAAAUCACCAAACCCAAAAGGCCAAACAAAGCAAGGAGCUCCUGUUUCGAAAUGCAAUGCAUUGUGAUGUUGCCUGUAAAUAUUUCCAACUUU